CGCUCGGCGCUCACCGGAGGCGCCGCCGCGAUCGCGGCGUGACCCAGCGCGGCCAUGGCCGGCUUCAUCAACUUCGCGGACGAGGAGGAGGUGCGGGCGUACCUGGAGAACCUGCACGUGGAGUACAGCUACCAGUGCUUCAAGGAGAAGGACCCGGACGGCUGCCAGCGCUUCGCCGAUUACCUGGACGCUGUCAGGAAGGACUUCGCGGCGGCGGCGCGGGUGCUGCGCGACAACUGCGAGGUGCACGGGCACAGCGAGAGCUGCUACAAACUGGGGGCCUACCAGGCCCUCGGCAAAGGUGGACUCAGCCCAGAUUUGAAAGCUGCCUACAAAUCCUUCAUCAAGUCGUGUGAGAAAGGUGGGAAGAAGUCAGCAAAUGCAUGUCACAGCGCUGGGCUGCUGGCCCAGGACGGGAGAGCCAACGGUGAUCAGCCUGACCCUGCUGCUGCUCGAGACUAUUACACAAAAGCCUGUGAUGGCAAUUUUGCUCCCAGCUGCUUCAACCUGAGUGUGAUAUACCUGCAGGGAGCACCUGGGGUCCCCAAGGACAUGAGCAGUGCCUUGAAGUACUCGCUGAAGGGCUGUGAGCUGGGGCACGUGUGGGCUUGUGCCAACGCCAGCCGCAUGUACAAACUGGGAGAUGGCGUUGAGAAGAAUGAUGCCAAGGCAGAGGAUCUGAAAAACAGGGCAAAACAAUUGCAUAAAGAACAGAAAGAAGCUGAAAAUUCUCUAACAUUUGGGGAGUAAAACUGGCAGAUGCCGAUAUUAAGACUGGUUUUUAAAUGGCAAGUGAACUUGUUUUUUAAAUUGUGAGAGUACAGUUUUCAUUUAAAUAAAUAUCCUGUAUUUGGAUAUGCAAAUAAAAUUAUAUUUAUAUGGAUACGACAAA